UUCCAGCACCACUUGGCACUGACACAAAAACUGAAAAAAGUCCAAGCCUCCUGCUAACAUGGGAAAGAUUAUCUUUUACGAGGAUAGAAACUUUGGUGGCCGUCACCAUGAGUGCAUGAGUGACUGUGCUGACCUGCACUCCUACUUCAACCGUUGUCAAUCCAUCAGAGUAGAAAGUGGUUACUUCAUGGUCUAUGACAGACCCAACUUCAUGGGCCGCCAGUACUUUCUGAGGAGGGGCGAGUACCCUGAUUACAUGCGAAUGAUGGGAAUGAACGAUUGCAUCAGAUCCUGUCGUAUGAUUCCUAUGCAUCAUAGUUCCUUCAGAAUGAGGCUCUAUGAGCAUUCUGACAUGGGUGGCCGCACGAUGGAACUUAUGGAUGAUUGCCCCAACCUCAUGGACCGCUUCCAUAUGUCUGACUUCAAUUCCUGCCAUGUGAUGGAUGGUCACUGGCUCAUGUAUGAGCAGCCCAAUUAUAUGGGCAGGCACUUUUACCUAAGGCCUGGCGAGUACAGAAGGUACAGCGACUGGGGUGGAAUGAGUUCCAGUAUGGGCUCCAUCAGACGUAUCAUGGACCUCUAAUGAAAGGAGUCCUUGUGAAAUGUCUGCUGUAUGCCCUUUUUCACACACUAAAUAAAAUGGUGUCUGUGCUCAAGUGUGUUCAGUUUUGUUCUUGCUCUCUCUACCUGGAGGGGUCACUGCCUGACGAUGACACUUGCUAUAGGCUGCCAGAUUUCAUCUCGCUGUUUGGAGAGCUGAAUAAAACAAUAGAAACAUUUUCA